GCUACUUUUUAUUACUAAUCCUUCUAUUCAGGCCCUCUCUUAUUCAUAUUUCAGUUAUUCAGCGUGCAGCAGCUCCUAGAUAUGGACAUGUUCCUAUAAUUAUUAUAGGAACAUCGGUUUUGCUUUAAAGGGAUUGUUUACCUUCUUAGUUCACCAGAAAUAUAACUUUUUAAUGGCUUUCUAUUUUUUAUUUUUGAACAUUUUUCUAAUGUUGAACUUUGAAGUUCCCCUUUCUGGUGUUUCAGUGUGUAAGGUCAGUAAUCCAGGUACACUUUGAACUGUUACAAUGUUCUACAUUAGUUUAUACAUUUGUUAGCACCAGUGUUGACAGCAAUUGUGUCCGUUGUAAAAGCUGAUACAACUCAGGGCUUGUCAGCAGGGCAAUGGUAAGAAUUUUAUCAAAUUAUUAGAUUAGAACAGUAGACUGACACCCAAGAUGUUUUAGGGAGACAUGAUAAGAUUAAAAAAAAUGAAACUUCAAUAUUAGAAAAAAAAAAUUUUUAUAUGAAAAAGUCUGUCAUUAUAUUUGAGAUGUUAUUUAUUAUUACCUUACAAUUAUAAUUCACUAGCAUAUUAUAGUUUUUGGAUCUAUUCUCCCCCUCACAUGGGACCUGGGGGUUUUCUUAGUUAAAACUGUCUUUGAGGGCAUGGAAGUAACAUAAAGGGGACAGAGAUUGCACUGGAUUGGAGACAUAUUUAAGCAGCCACAGUAUUAAUUCCAAGGGAGCCUACAGGUAAUUUUGAUCUUAAAAUGGAAGAUGACUAUGGAGAGGAGCCAGUAAUUAUUGAAAAUAGUUCAGCAGAUGGUGCUCAGAAUGACAUAUUUAUGUUGCCAGUUGAAGAGAUCCAUCAAGAGGAGAAUGAUGGCAUGCCACCUUUAGCAAAAUCUGCAAGAAAACAUAAUCAGCAUGCCAACUAUAAGGGUGAUAACAACGUGACUGAAGAAAUCGGAUAUAAAUUUUCUUGUAAAAGGAGGAGACUUGCAAACAGCAUGAUCAAAAUCCAGGAUGAAGAUUAUUCGGAUGACCAAAAUAUAAUGUACGACUAUGAUGGAGAUUAUGAUGCUGCAAGUGUUUUGUCUGAAGGAUCCUAUUUGGGAGAUCAGCAGAGUAUGCUUACAGAGGUUUUCAACUACUGUCAGGUAAUGUAUGACAUGGUCCAAAAACUGGAUAAAAAGAUGGAUUCAAUUCAAAGAAAAGUUUCUGAGCUGCACUAUGACCGACUGAAGCCACAUUUUAAACCCCAGAGACCAGGGAGUUUUCCAAACAGAGGUUCUCAUCCUUUACCUCAAGGAAAAUUGAGGUUACAGAAGAUAAACUCUAGAAUGCCAAGUUCACACUUGCUACCAACUUCCCGAGGAUCGGUCAGUCUUUCAGAAAGACUAAAACCAGAACAUAAUUCACAACAUCAAGCACACUUAUUAAGAAGGCCUGUUCCAGUUUCUCUUGUAAGAGACCAGCCAAGAGCUCAAAGGCAGAGUCCUCCCUUGCCUACUAUCAUAUCUACACAUUCCUUGCAGCAUUCUGUUUCCGUAACAAAUGCAAAGAUGACAGAAUGUAAGCCAUCUGAAAGUGCUAUGGAGACCGUUCCUAAAUGUAAUUCUGUGUCAACCCCAAAUUUAAGUGCAAGCUUAACAUCUCCACCAGUUGAACUUUCAGCAUCAGAAACACAUAUUACAGAAAAUGACCCUAACACUGCCUUACAAGUUUCUCCUCAAACAAUCAUUGUUAGUGAUGAGCUACUGUCUUCCUCAGGUCCAGCUGCUUCACAGUAUGCCUAUUUGGGAGACCCAAGCAGAAAUGUAAAAAUUCCUGAAACCAGUUUAAUGAAAGCAAAACAAAAGACAAAGCCAAUAUAUGCUGCCCGUUAUCUGUUUCAUGUCUUGUUCACUAAAAACAGUUCUGUGGAGAAUGAAGCACCAACGCUUGAUGUAAACUACUUGUCAGCAAUAAGAGAAUUUCUAGAAUCCUCAUUCCCUGCCUACGAUCUUGAAGAAUCUGGAAAAGACUGGAAAAUAUGUGGCAACAUUAUCAAAAAUAUGCUCAAUUCUUUCCAAGCAAAAAGCAAUGCAUCUUUGACUAUAACUAAUUAUAAUCAGGCUCAUUCUCAAAUUCAUGAAGUUUCAAUAUGUGUAGAUUCUGAUCCUGAAGAUGAGGAAGUAAAAUCUCCUUGGCAGACAUCCAGUUCAGUAAUUGCUACUCCAGUAGUCCAGCAGAAGGAUAAUCGGUCAGAAUCUCAGAAUACAUCAGAACUGCAUUCACUAAUAUCCACAGGACAGAAUAAGUCUGAACGUCAUUCACUGAGGUCCACAGGACAGAAUAAGUCACUGACAUCCGGAGGAACACGUCCAUCUACAGAUACAAUGGAUUAUUUUGGAGAACAGUCAAGAAAUGUGAAACUGUCGACUAUGAUUAUGUUUAAAGGGAAAGAAAAAGCUCGCCCUGAACUGGCUGCAAGAUUCCUUAUAAAACAACUCUUCCCAGAUGAUGUAUUAAUUAAAAGCAAUGUGUAUGGUAGCCCGGAUCGUGGUGUGCUGCCUUUAGACCCCAACAAGAUUGGGGCGUUAAGAGAUUUCCUUCAGGAAAACUACCCAACAUUUGACUUAAAGGAAUCUGGGCAAGACUGGAAGGCUUGUGUAGCUGCAAUCAACAGUUCCAUACGUAGUCUUCGCCAUGAGCGGAAAAAUAACCUGGGACAAAAAAAAGCUAAAUUACAAGAUAAAAACUGACAGUCAUGUGACUGUAAGACUUUCAAUACCUCUCUGAUCAUUUUGAAUAGCCUUCAAUGUAAGAUGUAUCCUCUGAGCAUAUUAUUCUAAAGAAACAAAAAACGUUUUUAUCAUGCCAGUCUUAUUUGGGACUAACUUUAUUUUUUUUAUAAAACAGGGGAAAUUUUAAUAACGGAUGAACGUUAUUUAACGAAACAAUAAGAAAUUUGAAGAUUAAUUUACUUCCCCAAAUGCAAAAUGAAACUGCUAUUUUAGUUAUAGUGUGCACAUAUAUGUAUAAAACUUUUGCUUUAGUUAGUUUAAGUGGUAUUUUUUCACUGUGUGCAAAGUACUAGACUUAAAUAUGUGGCUGUUCAAAAUUUACAAAUAACACCUGUCCCAUAUCCUUGUGUAAAAUGCAGGUGGAAAGGAGAUUUACAGUUCCUGAUUGCCUCUGAUUUUGUAUAGAUACUUUUGUCAGAUAGCUUCAACCCUGACUUAAAAAUCAAAGUAGUCUGUAUAAAAAUAGCCACCGGCUCUGCCUUGUACAUUGUAUGCUUGACUUAACCACAAAUAUUUCGAGAUUCGUGGGAAAAUUCUAUUUAAAUCUGAUUUAGUAAAACAAAUCUCUGAAA